AUGUCAGAAUCAUUACCAAAAGUCGAAAUCUUACAAGAAGGAGAUGGUAAAACAUUUGCUAAACCAGGAGAUACAAUAACAAUUCAUUACGAUGGUACAUUAACUAAUGGGAAAGAAUUUGAUAGUUCUAAGAAAAGAGGUAAACCAUUUACUUGUACCAUUGGAGUGGGACAAGUAAUUAAAGGUUGGGAUAUUUCAUUGACUAAUAAUUAUGGAAAAGGAGCAAGUUCCUUACCUGAAAUUUCAAAGGGAACGAAAGCUUUAUUGACAAUUCCUCCGGAAUUAGGUUAUGGAAAUAGAGGAUUCCCUGGUUUAAUUCCUGCUAAUUCUACAUUAGUUUUUGAAGUUGAAUUGUUGAAUGUUAAUGGUAAAUAA